AUGGCUGCGCACGAGUCGUCUACUGGGAAUGCCCUCCCCCGCAAGCCGGAGCUUGAUGCUGCGCGCGUUGAGAAAGACGACUCGGUUUCCGACGACCAAUUGCCCACCGACGACGCGGAGCUCGACCGCCACAUUACGCGCAAGUUCGACAAGCACAUGAUGCCCUGGCUGUUCGGCCUCUGGCUGCUCGCGUUCAUCGACCGCAGCAACAUCGGCAACGCGCGCAUCGACGGGCUCGAAGAGGACCUGCACCUCGACGCCGACAAGUUCAACAUCGCCCUCGCCAUCUUCUACGUCCCCUACGUCUGCUACGACAUCCCCAGCAACCUCGUCCUCAAGCGCCUGCGCGCCGGCUACUACCUCCCCGCCCUCGUCGCCAUCUGGGGCUUCAUCAGCAUGUGCAUGGGCUUCGUCAAGAGCUACGCCGGCCUGCUCGCCGCACGCUUCUUCCUCGGCUGGGCCGAGGCCGGCCUCCUCGGCGGCAUGAUUAUCUAUCUCGCCAUGUUCUACCGCCGCCACGAGCUGCUCUACCGCAUCGGCCUGUUCUACUGCGCCGCGCCGCUGAGCGGGGCCUUUGGCGGCCUGCUCGCGACCGGGCUGGCCCGCAUCCGCUCGCGCGGCUACAACGGCUGGCCCUUCAUCUUCUUCGUCGAGGGCGGCGUGACCGUCCUCUUCGGCCUCACCACCAUGUUCUUCCUGCCGCACACGCCGGCGGAAGCCACCUUCCUGAGCGAAGCCGAGCGCCGCGCCGCCGUCGCGCGCAUGCGCCUCGACGCCCACGGCGCCGCCCCCGCCCCCGACGUCGCAGCCGAGUCCUUCAGCUGGCCGCUCGUGCGCCGCGCCCUGCUGAACUGGCAAACCAUCGUGCUGUCGCUCGACUUCUUCGCCAUCAUCACGCCCAUCUACAGCUUCAGCCUCUUCCUCCCCACCAUCAUCAAAACGCUGGGCUACACGAGCGUUCGCGCGCAGCUGUUCAGCGUGCCCCCCAACGUCGGGGGCUUCCUCUCCGUCCUGCUCGUCGGGCACUACAGCGACCGGCUGCGGAUGCGCGGCCCGUUCAUGCUCGGCGGCGCCCUCCUCGCCAUCGCGGGGUACGUCAUGCUGCUCGCGAGCAGCCGCGCCCUCGUCCGCUACGGCGGCACGUUCCUCGUCGCGGCCGGCGUGUUCCCUUGCUCCCCGCUGGUCAUGGGCUGGCUGGCCAACAACCUCGCGCCGCAUUAUGUGCGCGCGGCGGGCACGGGCUUCCAGAUCAUGGUCGCGAACAUGGCCGCCUUUAUCGCCACGUUUUGCUAUGUGCAGAAGGACGCACCGCGCUACACGACCGGCCACGCCAUCAACAUCGGCGUGCUAGCGGCCUCGCUCGCCUUCACGACCGCAAACAUGCUGUUCUGCGCGCGCGAGAACGCGUUGCGCGCGCGCGGGCGCCGCGACCAUCGCCUGACGGACGGUGUUGAUGAGGACGAGACGAGUCUGGGCGAUAGACAUCCCGCGUUUCGGUAUACGUUAUGA